GGCUUUAGAAUGUCAUGUCCAUGGUAGAAAAGAAGAACCGUACCAAACUCGAUAUCUUCUGAACACUUGCAAAACCUGAGCAGCUAGUCUGUUUGAAAGAGGAAGCCGUAUUGUUUGCUACCUUACUUAUGUCUCUGAUCAGAUGGUAUCUUCAUUUCACGAGUGGUGAGAACUUAGCUGUCACUGGAUGCAUAACGGACUUUUCUAAAGUAGCAGUGUCUUCUCGCCUGGGUGGAGGGACACCUCUGGCUCCUUCAACUCAUCUUUAUCGGGGACAAAAUAAUGGAGGCCUUCACGGCAGGGAUGAAGACCAUGGACGAGUCUACGGAGACCACGGUGUUCGACUACGAGGACUCACUGCCGUGUGAGAAAGUCAACAUCAAGCAGCUGGGAUCCCAGUUCUUGCCCCCGCUGUACUCCCUGGUGUUCGUGGUCGGGCUGCUGGGCAAUGCCGUGGUAGUUCUGAUACUCACGAAAUACAAGAAGCUCCAGAUUAUGACCAACAUCUUCCUGCUCAACUUGGCUAUUUCGGACUUGCUCUUUCUAUUCACCCUGGUGUUCUGGGUUCACUACACUGGGUGGAAUGAGUGGGUUUUUGGCCCUUUCAUGUGUAAGCUCCUCUCCGGGCUUUAUUAUGUGGGCUUGUACAGCGAGAUCUUUUUCAUCAUCCUGCUGACUGUAGACAGGUACCUGGCCAUCGUCCACGCCGUGUUUGCCCUUCGAGCCCGGACUGUCACUUUUGGUGUCAUCACGAGUGUCCUCACCUGGGGCCUGGCAGGGCUAGCAGCCCUCCCUGAGUUUAUCUUCCAUAAGUCCCAAGACGAGGGCCAACAUUUUGUCUGCUUGCCUCUUUACCCAAAAGACCAAGAAGACAAAUGGAAGCGUUUCCAUGCUCUGAGAAUGAAUAUCCUGGGUCUCGCUCUGCCUCUGCUUAUCAUGGUUGUCUGCUACUCUGGAAUUAUUAAAACGCUGCUGAGAUGCCCCAGUAAGAAAAAGUACAAGGCCAUCCGGCUCAUUUUUGUCAUCAUGGUGGUCUUUUUCAUUUUCUGGACACCCUACAACCUGGUCCUCCUUCUCUCUGCUUUUCAAACGAUCUUCUUUGAGGCCAGUUGUGAGCAGAGCAAACAGCUGGACGUGGCCAUGCAGGUGACAGAGGUGAUCGCCUACACGCACUGCUGCGUCAACCCCGUCAUCUACGCCUUCGUCGGGGAGAGGUUCCGGAAUCAUCUCUGCCACUUUUUCCGCAGGCACGUGGCCACCUACCUGAGCAAAUACAUCCCCUUCCUUCCCAGCGAGAAGUCAGACAGAGCCAGCUCUCCAUCCCCAUCAACAGGGGAGCAGGAAUUGUCAUUUGUAUUUUAAGACCUAUGUGCUGGACCCAUGAAGCAAACAUGUUACGUCAAUCACAUCGACCUCGACACCAGCCCUUUCAACUUCCAGCUGCAUGCUGAAACUCUUAAAGACAUUAAGAUAUAUACACAACAGUGUCAGUAUAGUGCGUGGCCCAGGCAUUACCAGGGGUCACUGGCUAGUCAGUUCACUUACUGUCGACCUGGAAACGCAGAGCUUUGCUGGUUCUCUGAAGAGUUACAUACAUUGUGAUGCCCCGAAUGUUAGAUAGUUACUACAUGCAGCUACUAACAGGUAAAUCCUUUUACAUUUAAACCUUAACUUCAGCCAGCUAUUGCAUAAAUGAAACAUAUUUCACAAAAUACAAUAUAUCAAUCACAAUCCUUUUACCAUGCCUAGCUCUGUCCUUGCUUGAUGAAAGGCUUUUUUCUCUCUCUCUCUUUUUUUUUUUUUUAGCUUAUGUAUAUAUACUCUCAAGCAACAUAAUGGCAUGUCCCUCUUGUUCCUAUUAUUUUUUUUUUUUUUUUUUUUGAGGAUUUUAUUUUUAAGUCAUCCAACGUGGGGCUUGGACUCACAACCAACGUGGGGCUUGGACUCACAACCUGGAGAUCAAGAGUUGCAUGCUUUGCGGACUGAGCCAGCCAGGUGCUCCCCAAGUAUGCUGAUUAGUGAAUGGAUUUCCUGUUUACACCAAAUGAUCAGAUUUCGUAUAAGCAACUCAGUAGAAGAAGAAGAAUUCGGUGUUCUCAGUAGAGAGAAGAACGACCUUGCUUGCAGAAACUUGUUGGAGCCCUGAAAUGUGCACUCACCUUGCUCUUAAGCACCUGACUCACCAUUCAUCCAACAGCUGUGUUUUAGGUGAUACAGACAGGAUGCACAACAUUGCUUUAGGUUACGUGACCGAUGCAAAAAGUGACCGAUGCAAAAAGUGCGUAAGAGAAACACAAUCCCUGCCCUGUAAAACCUUUCAUCUGGUAGGAGGUGUUUGUUUCUCCAGAACAAAGAGAAGCCCACUCAAUGCUCUGCCUGGGCCAGGAAGGGAGAGACCAUUCCCAGCUGUAAUCUGAGGGAGGAAGCCUUUAAGGAAGAAGUGGCUUUUGAGCAGGUCUUUUAAAAAGGGCAGGAUUUGGAAAGGGCGGGGAUUGGGGGAGGCACCGGAAGCCAGUGGAAUGCCCAAUACAGAGGUGAGGGGAGAGGGCGUGCACAUGUGCGGACAGGAGGGUGGGGUGGGCAGUUUGGGAUGGGCCAUGGAUUUCAGGCAAAGCAUGGAGGGCUUCGUUGGGCAGGCAAAGGGAGCUACUGAAGGGUUUAGAGCAGGGGAGAAGAAUAAUCACCAUGGUGCAUUAGGAAGAUAAAUCCGGUAACACAGGAUAGAGUAGAGACCCCAGAACCAUGCAGGGAGUUGGUUAGAAGAGAAGGACGUGUGUGAGGCAAGGAGAGGUCAGUGGCUAAUAAGAGAGGUGCCAGAAGAAUCUAGAGAAGAAUUUGGCCAAGAGACAGCGGUGCAGGAAGGGUCAAAGCCCCGGGAGUGAUAUAGAAUUGACUGGGGGAAAAAAAGCAAAGACAAAACAGAAUGUAUCCUAUGUUAUUUAUAAAUAAAUAAAUAAAUAAAUAAAUAAAUAAAUAAAUAAAAAACAGAUUAUUCACUGUGCUUGGGUACACUGCCCAUCCCUUAAAGGAUAGGAAAGAAAACAGUAGCUUUUGGUUAUCUUUAGGGAGAGAUGAGGGUGGAGAAUAGGAGAGGUGUGACUUUUCUCUGAAUACCCUUGUGCUUUUUGGUUUUUGAACUGUGGGACCGUUACCAAUUGAAAACAUAAACAAAACUUCAGAAUUACAUAUUAAAAAAAAAAAAAAGCAAGGCUGCUCUUCUGAUGUGGUAUCCAUUCUACCAGCUCUAAGGGCAUUGGAAACUCUGCAGUACCUUUUGUCUUUUUUUGUGGUUCAACCAGAAUGUAAAUAAAGCAAUCAUCUGAAGGCUUAACUAUCCA